UGACUUGACCUGCGCCUGCGCAACACUUGUGAGUGACAGGAGCCCUAUAGCUAUCGUUCUGUUCAUACUCAGGUUCGUGUUCGUCAAAAUAAACGCGAAUUCACCUUAACGGUGAAAUAAUGCGAACGGAACACGUGUUUUUUAAAAAACGGUCUGUUAACUGAACCCAGGUUGUCACAGAAGGGAACGUGCUGUUAGCCACCGUUAGCCGCUGUUAGCUGAAAUUCGCAGACUAAACAGAAGUUGACUGACAUAGUAAAGUAAACUGAGGAAACUCGCCGUAAUUCGGAAGCGAAACUGAGAUUUACUUGUUGUCACCCAAAAUAUGCCAUUGUCGUUGUGGCAGCAGUUGUUUCGUUUGCACUGAGAGGACAUUUAAAGGCUAACGGAGACUUGGCCCCAGGAGGCUAAAAGCAAAGCUAACCUGUGGCUCAUUGACCUAUGUUCAGUGCGUGAGGUCGAUGGUUGUUCUGUCAGCCAUGGACACUGUGACAGACACAUUUCCCACAGUGCACCAGAACGGGAAUGCUCACAGAGAAUCUAUAGAGACACCGGCUGCAGCUUUUGUUUUGAGACUUCAUCUGUACCACCGCACAAACUGCAGCAGCAGUCAGAGUGCAACCAACAGCAGCAUUCUCACAUACCCACCUGGAGACUAUGUGGCUGAAAAACUGUGCAUCGAUGCGGCAGCAGCCUGCAGUAUUUCGCCUCUGUACUGCAGUCUCUUUGCUUUGUACAGAGAAAAAGACAGUUUGUGGUUUUCCCCAAAUCACCUGUUUCAGCUUGACCAAUCAGCUUCUGAGGAUCUGAUUUUUAGGAUAAGGUACUAUUUUCCUGGCUGGUACAGCGGUGGAACAUCACAGGCUUUUCGAUAUGGAGUCACGAAAAGGGCAGAAGGUCCUGUCUUUGACGACUUUGUCAUGUCUUACAUCUUCUCUCAGUGGAGAAACGACUUUGUCAAUGGUUUGGUGAAAAUCCCGACCAGCCAUGAAGUUCAGGAGGAGUGCCUGGGUUUGGCCGUGUUAGACAUGACAAGGAUGGCCAAAGAAAGACAGAUGUCCCCAUUGGACAUUUACCACACCAUAAGCUACAAAUCCUUUCUGCCAAAGGAGAUGAGAACCCAGAUCCAGAACUGCAACUUUUUAACAAGGAAGCGAAUCCGUUUUCGCUUUAAACGCUUCAUCCAGCAGUUCAGUCAGUGUCGGACCACUGCCAGAGACCUAAAACUCAAGUACCUCAUCAGCAUGGAAUCCCUGGAAAAGAACUUCUACACUGAGACCUUCCACGUCAGAGAACCGUCAGGUGGUCAGCUCAUCAUCCUGGUGGCUGCAGACACUGGUAUCCAGUGCUGUCGAGAGAUAAUGAAAGGCUCUGACCAGGAGCUGCAGGCUUUGUGCGACUUUCAAGAUGUCACUUACAUCAACAUUAAGCUGGCAAGUAAAGAAAGUGCUACAGAGAGUCGUGUCGUCACAAUCAACAAGCAGGAUGGAAAGAACCUGGAACUGGAGUUUGCCAGUCUGCUUGAAGCUCUGUGCUUUGUGUCACUGGUGGAUGGUUACUAUCGUCUGACCACUGAUGCUCAUCACUAUCUUUGUAAAGAGGUUGCCUCACCCAGGCUGUUGGAGGCCAUUGCUUCCCACUGCCACGGCCCAAUGCCAAUGGAGUUUGCGCUAAACCGCCUACAGAAAAGUGGGAACAAACGAGGUCUUUACAUAUUGAGGGAGAGCCCGAAAGAUUUCAACAAGUAUUUCUUGACGUUUCCUGUUGAGGUAUGUGGCGCUGUAGAGUACAAACACUGUCAGAUAAUCAGGUCUGCCGAUCGAGAGUUCAACCUCAGUGGAGCCAAAAGAAACUUCAGCAGCUUACAGGAACUGCUCAACCACUACCAGAACGAAACUGUACGCUCAGACAAUGUUGUUUUCCAGUUUAGCAAGUGCUGUCCUCCGAAAGCCAAAGAAAAAACAUGCCUGCUUGUGUGUCGAAGUAAUAAAGGAUCAGAAGUUUCUCUGUCACCGUCGCUGCAUCGACACAACAUCAACCAGAUGGUGUUUCACAAAAUCAGGAAGGAAGAUCUGGAACUAAUGGAGUCUCUGGGACAGGGGACAUUCACGAAGAUCUUCAAAGGUGUUCGCAAAGAGCUGGGAGAUUACGGACAGAUACAUCAGACAGAAGCUGUGAUGAAAGUGUUAGACCAAACUCACAGGAACUACUCUGAGUCGUUCUUUGAAGCAGCCAGCAUGAUGAGUCAGCUGUCCUAUAAACACCUGAUCCUUAACUACGGCGUCUGUGUCUGUGGAGAAGAGAACAUCAUGGUGCAGGAGUAUGCCAAGUUUGGAUCCCUGGACACUUACCUGAAGAAGAACAAAAACCACAUCAACAUUCUGUGGAAGCUUGAGGUGGCCAAGCAACUAGCCUGGGCCAUGAACUUUCUGGAAGAGAAGCGGUUGGUGCACGGAAAUGUUUGUGCCAAAAAUGUUCUGGUGAUUCGAGAGGAGGACCGCAGGGCGGGAAACGCUCCCUUUAUCAAACUAACCGAUCCUGGCAUCAGCAUCACUGUUCUGCCAAAAGAAAUCCUGAUUGAGAGAAUCCCCUGGGUUUCUCCUGAGUGCCUUAAGGAUCCUGCCAACCUGAGCCUAUCUGCAGACAAGUGGAGCUUUGGCACCACACUUUGGGAGAUCUGUAGUGGUGGGGACAAACCUUUAGCAACACUGGACAACCCAAAGAAAGUCCUCUUCUAUGAGGACCACCAUCAGCUUCCUGCACCAAAGUGGACUGAAAUAGCUGACCUGAUUUCCAGCUGCAUGGACUACGAGGCCAUGUUCAGACCGACAUUUAGAGCUGUCAUCCGUGACCUUCACAGCCUUUUCACACCAGAUUAUGAGCUGAUAGUGGACAGUGACAUCCUUCCAAACAGAGUAAAUGUUGGCACGACCUGGUCCAGCAGUUGUUUCGAGUGUCAGGAACCAGCACAGUUUGAGGAAAGACACCUGAUUUUCUUACAGCAGCUUGGCAGAGGAAACUUUGGCAGCGUGGAGUUGUGUCGUUAUGACCCCUUGCAGGACAACACAGGGGAGGUUGUGGCCGUGAAGAAGUUGCAGCAGUGUACGGCUGAGCACUUACGAGACUUUGAGCAGGAGAUUGAGAUCCUGAAAUCCCUUCAGCAUGAGAACAUUGUCAAGUAUAAAGGCGUUUGCUACAGCGCUGGACGUCGGAACCUGAGGCUCAUUAUGGAAUAUCUGCCUUUUGGAAGUUUGCGGGAUUAUCUGAUGAAAAACAAGGAGAGAAUCGACCAUAAGAAACUCAUACAUUAUACCUCUCAGAUCUGCAAGGGCAUGGAGUAUCUGUCAAGUAAACGCUACAUCCACAGAGAUCUGGCGACCCGGAACGUUCUGGUGGAGAGUGAACAGAGGGUCAAGAUUGGAGAUUUUGGUCUCACUAAAGUUUUACCUCAGGAUAAAGAAUACUACAUGGUCAAAGAGCCAGGAGAAAGCCCUAUCUUCUGGUACGCACCUGAGUCUCUCACGGAAAGCAAGUUUUCUGUGCCAUCAGACGUGUGGAGUUUUGGUGUCGUUCUAUAUGAACUGUUCACCCACAGCGACAAGAUCUGCAGUCCUCCUGCUGUUUUCAUGUCCAUGAUGGGAAACGACAAACAGGGUCAACUGAUAGUCUAUCACCUCAUCGAGCUGCUGAGGACAGGCAGCAGACUGCCACAACCACUGGCUUGUCCAACUGAGAUUUAUGAGGUGAUGGUCGAAUGUUGGAACAACGAUGCCUUCCUGCGACCUUCUUUCAAAGAGCUGUCACUGCGCAUCGACUUGUUCAGAGACAGUACAGACUUUUAACUCACAAAAGGGCCCCUCCCUCUCCCC